UACGAGAAGUCGGCGAAGAGGAGAUAGCUCCAGUUACAGAUCAAGCAGGAAAAGACACCUGUUACCGAAGGCAUAGACCUCUUCCAGAAACUCUCAAGAGCGACACACUGCCUCCGCCGUCCAGUGAAGCCCAGCGGGACGAUGUGGGUGCUGGAUAAGAUCCGUGGGUCGGUGGAGAGCAAUGUGCUGCGGCAGGGUGAGGCUGGAGACAGCAAGCAGGGUAAGGCCCCUGCCUACAGCAACGUUCUCACCCCUGACAAGAUCCCCGACUUCUUCAUCCCACCCAAGCUGGUGAGCUGCCCGCUAGAGGCCGAGACACCCGACGUGAAGCCCAAGGAGGGGCUCCGGGCCUCAAGCUCAGAGCAAGCCAUCGGUAGCAAGAAGCCACCCAGCAGUCCCCGUAGCCCGCGGCUGGUCAGCAAACUGGCAGGAGACACCAAGAACCUUCUGAAGGCCGCCAACCGCCACAUUAUCCAGAUAGAGAGCGCAGACGACGUGGUGGCCGGGGACACCAACGCCGACCCCCAAUCUCAGACGGCCAUGUCGCUGCCCUACAUUCCCAAGACGCAGACAUCCUACGGGUUCGCCACCCUGAUGGAGAGCCCUCACACUCGGCGCAAGGAGUCCCUCUUCCACAGCGACCACACCAGCCCCGUCACCUCCCCCAACUCCCAGCGCAAGAAGUCCCCAGGCAAGAGCGAGGGUGAGGGCAAUCACCUCAAUCCCCCUGACUUCAACACGUCGCACAUUAACCCCUACCGUUACUUCAGUGGCGGAGAGAGCGACACCUGCUCCUCGGCCGAAUCCUCGCCGUUCAACUCGCCGCUGCUGUCCCGUUCCGCCUCGCUGCUCAAAAUCUUCACCCACGAGACGCAGGCCAAGGUGGUGAAGGCCAAGCGGACGUUCGCGCGCCACAGCUCGCUCUCCACGGACGAGUGCAGCUCCGCCGAGCCUAGCCCCAACGUGCAGCGCCGGAUCCGCUGCCCCUCGGCCCGCGGCAGCAGUGCAGGUCCCGGCGAGCACCUGCACCGCGAGCACACCAUCAACCUGCACAAGGGCGGCACCGUGCGGCUCUGCGCAGACUACGACGCCGGCACGGCCCGUUUGCGCAUCCGCGUGCUGGCGGCCGAGGACCUGUACGACAAGCUGUUUGACAUCAAAAGCAUCAACUGCUGUGUCGCACUUUACCUGAACCCUGGCAAGCUGCAGAAACAGAGAAGCACUAUUAUCAAGAACAGCCGCAACCCCGUCUUCAAUGAGGACUUCUUCUUCGACUCCGUGCCGUCCGUGCAGGUGAAGAACCUGGCCAUCAAGAUAAAGGUGGUGAAUAAAGGCACCAGCCUGAAGAGAGACAUGCUGCUGGGGGAAAGAGAGGUCCCUCUGUCCAAGCUGCUCUCUGGACUCUAGGCUUGGUGAGGAGCACAAAGGAGACUGGUCUGAAUGCAGCAAGGAACCGAAGUAGCAAAAGUCAAGUGUUGAAGUGUUCCUUCUCGGAUUCCCCUGUCUCUUACAGUGAAGAACUCAGUGUCUUUACAACCACAGGUCAGCAGACAUCUUUGAGACUGUCUGACCAUCUUCCUAUUAUUUAGACUUGCACAUCUUAACUUCCAGGUGGUGUAGUGUGUGAAAUUCCUCACAGCACAGGUGAACAAAUAUCAAAAAAGUGUGUGAUAUGCUUUUUUAUCUUAUCCUAUAUGACUCAAUCUCCUGUCCUCUGGUCCUUCUGCUGUUUGGCAUGGCCUGUUGACACUGCAUGACACAUGUACAGUCCAGUCCUUAAAGGCAAAACAUUAAUGGAGUGUUGGGGCUUUGAAGCCGCUUCUGAAUAACCCAAUGUGCAAAUGCAUGCUUUGAUCCUGGUUGCAACCACCAUCGAAUUUGGGAGAAUGCCAAAGAAUGGCAGGGCCUCAGGGGCCUGCAUGUAGAAAAGGGCAGUCUUCAAUGACUUCACCGCCUUGAUCCCAUCAGCCUGGCAUGAGUCUGUGAAUGUAUUACUUAUGCUUGCUAUUUGUUUUAAUAUCCCCAUAUUUAUCGAGCUAUUGAUUUUGUUUGACUGUAUUAUUACGGAACACCCACAAGCCUUAUUAAAGAACGCAUUACAGAGAGGAGAGAAUUUACACAUCACCUCGGAGAGGAAGAAGUCUGAUUCUAAUGGGAGAUAUAUUUUGGACACACAAAGUAUACACUGUAUGGACACCGUGAAGAUCUGGCAGUCAAACCAGAGUUGUUGUCCAAUG